GAGUGGGGAGAGGAUCCAUGGUUUUGUAGGAUCAAUGCAUGUCCAUUUUUCAUAGUUUUCUAGCGAACACGUUGUGUGCAGUGUAAUAAAUACAUUUUCGCAUUAUUACUAGUAUCUAGGAAGAGAUGACCAACUCAACGUACAAAAUUAAGUUAAAUCUGUUAGAAAUCUCAGCAUUAAGGAUUGCGCAAACUUUCUGGAACAGAAAAGAAGUCAAAAAUAAAAUUGUGGAAUUUUUUAAUUCGGGAAGUCACUACGAUAAUUAUGACGAUAUCGCUGAAUGGCGUAAAUUAACAAAAGUACUGAUAGACACAUGGGAUGAUGUCAUAUUACCAAUUUACCUGAAAAUUGAACUCACUCAUAUUAUACGAGAGAUUGGAGAAAAAAUCUACGAUCGAUACUGGUAUAUUAAGAAUGAAAACAAAUACCAAGUUUACACACAAUUAAAAGAGAUAAUAAACUAUGUUGCUCAAAUACGCUGGACGCCUUUCGGAACGGUGGAUGAAACUGAAACGUAUAAGGCAUUUUUAUCAAAUAAUCCAGAUAUCAGUGCUACUUUGAUGUAUUGUUUUGCAUGCAAAUUUGUCGUAGAAGAAUGUGUUAAUAAGUUGUGGGAUCAUAGACCAACAGAUGUACAAAAUGGUACUAAUCAAAUUAGAAUACACAAGAAUGAUGAUGAUAUCAUGGUAGCAUAUUUUAAAUAUCUUGAUGACAAAGAUUACGUCAAUUUUAUAAAAUAUUUCGUUACAACCACAAACCCUGAUAUGUUUCAUAUGUUUCUUUCUCCAGUUUAUAAUCUAAAUCAUACUACAACCGAGAACAUGAUGAGAUUAUCAAUAGAUAAUGGUAAUUACACUGCCAUGAGAUAUUUUUGGGAAAAACUUUCCUUAACGGAAAAAAAAAGAAAUAUAGUACACGGUAUUUGUUCCUCUGUAAUGCAUUACAAUUAUCUAGAUUCUAUGAGUGAAUGUCAAUAUCCGCAUGAUAAGGAAAGGUAUAUUCAGAUAUUUCUUUUCUUUAUAAACCAGAUAAGUGUAGACCUUCGAAGAAAAGUCCUUAAUGACACACCACUAUUUAUAAAAUUCGAUGUGUAUACCAAAACGCAAAUAAAUGUUAAAUAUACAGUCUUGAAGAUGCUAUUAUUUAAAUGGCCAUGGCAACAGCUUUUGAUACCAGCACUGAAGGAAAUGAUUAAAGACAUAGGACUCGAUUCUGUAACAGUCCGCUUGAUUUUAGAUAAAGUUACAGCAAGGAUGGUUGAAUUUUACGAUCUGGGUUAUGAGAUGCGGAAUAGUACACACCAACUUAUAUUACAUGAAAUUUGGAGUAUUAUUCCAGAUCGUUUUAAAGUAACACUGACAAAAAAUUGCCGUCAAACAAUGGAUUUCAUGCGUAAUCUGGUAUACGUAUGGGACUUGGAUAGUCUCAGAAUGAUAUUAAAUGAUCCAAAAGUACAAAUUUGUAGAAAUGAAUACAUUGAAGCCGCAAAAGAGGGAUACUUGCUUUUGAUGAUAAGAGAUGAAUUUGAGUUAUUAGAUGAAUUCAUGUUAAGGUUUUUGAGAUCUGAAGAAGAGAAGAGAUGGUUUAAGCAGAAAAUAUACUUUUGGGAUUCAAUAAGAAGAAAUUCAUCUUAUCAGUUUGUUAGAGAAUUAAACAUGAAUAGCAGUACAAUUUUCGGACCUACAGAAGAACGAUUCCUUCAAGAGUGCACCUCCUGUACCAACUUGUGUUCAGUUUUUCUAAGAAUGAACCGAUUAGAUUUAGCAUAUAAAUUCUUGCAGUGGACAUAUAAUUCACGAGACGACAGAUCAUGCUAUAAAACUCAUGUAACAAAAUUUAAGAUUCUUUCCAAAUGGGUUUAUGAAGUAUGGAUGACUAGAACCAGAAGAUGACUAUUUGCUGAUACUUGAAAUCACUUUAGACAUUUUCUAUCGUGAGACUAAACAAAAAAAAAGAAAAAAUAGAAAAAAAGUGCCAAUUUUUUACAUACCGUUGGAAUUAUACUGUCCAGUCGGAAAAACUUUAAUUACUCCAUUUGCUACCUUUUUCUAGGAAAUUAAUUGUAAUUUUUUUAACAGUAAAUGAUGUGUAAUGACACCUAGAAAAAAUUUAUCAAUAAGCGAAAACCUGCUUCUAUUUUUUUGAUGAUUUUUCUGUAAUUUUUUGCCUCGACUGGACAAAUUGUAUGUAUCACUGUCGUCAAUUAAACGGAGUAAAAAUAGUAAUAAGUUUUACUAUAAGAAUGAUUUUCGCAAGUGUUCCAACUAGUAAUACCGUUUUGAUAGCAAACUUUACGAGCUUUUAUCAUUUAGUGAUAAUCAUCCAUUUUUUAAAUUGUAAAUUAAUCUUUGACUGUUGAUUAAUCAAGAAUCAAUUUUAUAUUCAAUUUAAUAAUCAAAAUGAAAUAGUUAACUUUCAUAACCUUAAAAACUACUAAGAAUCAUUUUUAUAACAAUUUUUAUAAAUCAUGUAAUUUAUCUUCGCUAUUUUUAUAAAAUUAUUCUGUAAAUUAAGAUCAAUUUUUUUUGCUAUUUUGUAAUAUUCGAAUUUGUAUCCGACAUUAACGCUUUACGAACACGACCAUUUUCAUAAUGUAUAGUAUAGUCAGAAUGAUAUAAAUAGUACAGUCAAGAGCAUCGAUAUAUGUAUGCCAUAUGUGUAGUUCUAAGAUUUUGUUAGUGUUAUUCAUAUCCAUGAAGUAGAACAAUAUUAAUUAAUGUCGAUUUGUGGUUUUAAUAAUUUAUAAGUACCUCAACUCAUAGCUAGAACGAAUGCACUUAAGUACAAAAUAAUAGUGUACAAAUUUACUGAAAAUGAUUUGACAUGUAAUAAGAAAAUAGCAUCAUAACUUUUCAACGAAUCUUAGACGUUAAUAGAAAUCACAAUUAUGUUUGAAGGAAUUUUUUGAAGAAAAGGAAUACAUGACUACUAUCAAUUUUUGGUAUGCGAAAAUUGUUUAAUUAAACAUUAGCUAAUUAUAAAUGUGUGAUUAAUAAUAAAAUGAAAUUAAAAAAAA